AUGGCAGCCUCCACGAAAUCAAAAUUUUUUACUUCCUUGUUUCUUUUUGCUUAUUUUCACCUUUCCUCGGGUCAGGAUGAAAGCAAAUUGAUAACACUUAAUGAGAGUACUUGGCAGGACUUGCUAGAUGGAGAGUGGAUGGUGAAAUUCUAUGCACCCUGGUGUCCUGCCUGUCGUUCAUUUGCUCCAAAAUGGGAAGAAUUUGCUGGAAAAGCUGCGGCAUUCAGUGUCAAAGUCGCAAGUGUAGAUGUCACCAUCAACCCAGCAUUGAGCGGGAGAUUCUUCAUAACUUCAUUACCAACAAUAUAUCAUGUGAAGGACGGUGUGUUCCGCCAAUACAAAGGAAGUCGAAGUGUUGGAGAACUUAUCACACUAAUCAGAGACAAGAAAUAUGAAGAAAUUGAGCCACUGGCCUGGUACCAGCAGCCAGGUUCAAUACCGAUGGAGCUGCUGAGUUGGUUUUUCAAGGCUUCUAUGAUUGUUAGGAAUGUCCAUGAGAGGAUGACAAAUGAAUAUGGCAUUCCAGUGUGGGGAUCUUAUAUCUUGUUUGCUGUAUUUACUGUAGUCAUGGGACUACUGUUUGGACUGAUAAUUGUCUGUUUUUGUGAUUGCAUCUGUCCACCAGCACCAUACAGAGAACCACCCAGAAGUGCUGAUCCUCCUAAUGAUAAGAAAGUGGAAGAAUUCUUAAAAAACGAAAAGGACUCUGAUGCUGAUGAUGUCAUCGAAGAUGAUCGGGAAAAAGAUGACGGAGACAAGGAGGACAAAGAUGAAGAGGGUCACGAGGGGUUAAGACAGAGGAAGAAUGUGGAGAAAGAGGAGGGAGAAAAAGAGGAGGAUUAACACGGAUCUGUUAAAUAUAGUAAAAUAUCUUUAACUUCUAAAGAAAGUAAUUAGGGCUAAGGUGGCACAUUAGAAAUAUUGGUGCUGUUCAUAUCAUAGUCACUGGGUUGUGUUCUGAGCAGGCCAGGUGGUGACCCUCUCAGAAUACAAAGCUUUUAGAGAUGGGAGGUGAAUUUCUAGUUUGUUCCAGACAAUGGUACUUCCUACAGUGACACUCUACAAAAUCAGGAUUGCCUUGUGGGCUGGGUUAUUUGACUGGGGUUUCUGUAACAUCACAUUCCACAGGAAGUUACAUUCCCUGACAAUUGAAUUUAAGGGUCAAAUUCUGUAAACCUGGACAUUUUCUGACAAGAGUAUAUAUCGCUGGUCAAGAAGGGCUUGGGCCAUUGAAAUUGCGUCUUCGAGAUCCAUGGAGUACCGGUAGUUAGUUAUCACUUAUACAUACAAUGUAGUUACCACUACCAGUGCACUGUGGACAAGUGAGUCACACACUGGCGCGAUUACAGUGGCUCCUGUGGUAUAGCUCUAUACGAUUGCUUGCAGUGGUCAGGCUUAUAGUGUUCGCUUACUUGUAUCUGCUCAUAUGAUAUCAGAUUUUGUACUAAGACUCUUCUUUGCAUAUAAGUUUAUUUUUGCUUGAGUGUGUGUGAUGUUUGUCUGAUAUGAAAAUAUUUUUCUUUAUGUACUUCAUUUUUGUUGGUUGUAUUAUUCCCUGAAAGGGAGUCAUACUUGUAUGCGUGUCUACUCCAUGCAAUGUGUUAUAUUUUUGUGUUUUCAUAUCAAUACAAUUGUUUGCAUGAACAGGUUAUUAUAAGUUCUUAACACGUAUAGGCAAGAGAGCAGUCCAUAAUUAACACCAGUAACUGCCCGCUAACGUUUUUUUAUUACAAUUUCUUUAAUUGUACUGAAUGGAAGAUUUGACUAAACAAUCAAUCUAUGCAUUUCAGAUGGUGUUUAUAAUUUGCUGCUUUAUGAUGAAAUGUGGAAUUACCAUAAGAUCAGAACCUGUUCUCUAUAAUGGUGCUGGUGAUUAGUCCUUGUUUGUCUUGAUUUAGUCUUCUUACCUUGUGAAGUGGAAAGUGCAUUAAUUGGGAGAAAUUCAGGUCCACUGUUUAUACCAGUUUGUGUCAAGGUAGUAGGACAUAUUGGAUUGAAAGGAGGAAGGUCCUGAGACUUUCCUUGAAGGGUAUAUUCCAUGAUUCAUCAUAGUCUAGUAAAUAGUUAUACAUAUGUAAAUGAAACUACAAUGAUGAUGUGACUGAAUAAAGGUGAUUUUUAAUCAAA